AGAGUUCACACACAGAGGCGGAUUCCUCAUCUAACCCACAUCAUGCCUUACAUUACCAACUUGCUGUUUCUUAUUUUCUGUCUCUUUAUCGUUACUGAAUGCGGGAAGCAGAAGAGCAGGAAACGCAGGUGGUCUGCAAACCUGGAAACUCCUAAACACGGACCCCCGCUGUCCAAAAAGGUUGUUGACGGAACCAAGACAAGAAAAGUGAAAACAAACCAAUUGCUGCGGGUGGAAGAUCAUGAUUUCACCAUGAGGCCAGCAUUUGCAGGUCCAGCAGUUCCUGUGGGUGUGGAUGUGCAGGUGGAGAGCUUGGACAGCAUCUCAGAAGUGGACAUGGACUUCACUAUGACCCUAUACCUAAGGCAUUACUGGAAAGAUGAGCGGCUAUCCUUUCCUAGCACUACCAAUAAGAGCAUGACUUUCGAUGGCCGUUUGGUGAAAAAGAUCUGGGUUCCGGAUGUUUUUUUCGUCCACUCCAAACGCUCCUUCAUCCAUGACACCACCACAGACAACAUCAUGCUCAGGGUCUAUCCAGACGGACAUGUUUUGUACAGUCUCAGGGUGACAGUAACUGCGGCGUGUAACAUGGACUUCAGUCGCUUCCCACUCGACACACAAACCUGCACUUUGGAGUUGGAAAGUUAUGCCUACACGGAUGAGGAUCUCAUGCUCUACUGGAAGAGUGGAGAUGAAUCCCUCAGCAUAGAUGACAAGAUUUCGCUCUCUCAGUUCCUCAUUCAGAAGUUCCACACCACCUCCAGACUGGCCUUCUAUAGUAGUACAGGUUGGUACAACCGUCUGUACAUCAACUUCACCCUGAGACGUCACAUUUUCUUCUUCCUGCUUCAGACCUACUUUCCUGCUACUCUGAUGGUCAUGUUGUCCUGGGUGUCCUUCUGGAUCGACCGGCGCGCUGUCCCUGCCAGAGUGUCCUUAGGCAUCACCACGGUGCUCACCAUGUCCACCAUCAUCACAGGCGUAAAUGCGUCCAUGCCCCGAGUGUCCUACAUCAAAGCGGUAGACAUCUACCUGUGGGUCAGCUUCGUCUUCGUCUUCCUUUCUGUCCUAGAGUAUGCAGCGGUUAACUAUCUGACUACCGUGAAAGAUGGGAAAGAACGCAAAAUCAGGGAAAAGGCCAGAAAUCAGUCUUUGCCGUGUACGUGUGGCCUGCCUCAGGGCAAGAGCAUGAUGGUGGACGGGACGUACAGCGAGGCAGACAGUAACAGCCUGGCCGGUUACAGCCGCGCGCCCAACGGUGCUGAGGAUCUCAAUGAUAAACAUGAGCGCAUGGUGGUGCACCUCGCCGUCGAUAGCGAGUCCACAGGCACCAAAAAGAAAGGUCUCCGUGGUUUCCGCAUCAUCCACAGCACUCAUGCCAUCGAUACAUACUCGCGCAUGAUCUUUCCUGGAGCCUACAUUUUUUUCAACCUCAUAUACUGGUCUGUCUACUGGUGAAUCCUGACAGAGUACAGGAUUGAACAUCAAACCAUUACAGCACGGAGUCUCAAGACAAUUAGUCGGCGUUUAGUCGACAUGUACGUAUAUGAAUCAAGCGAGUACCAAGAGCCAGUUUGGCAAAAAAAAAGCCAAAAACACGCAAGACAUUUCAGUCUAUUAUGUCUGAAUAAGUGGAUGCACUUUGUAUAACAGAAGAGCGAUCUAAUAUAUAGAGGAACCUUUUAAAACUCUUGAUUCGAGAUAACAGGAUAUGUCACCGCUCAGAUGGAACACACUGCACCAUAAAGUCUGAUCGACCUUCAAACAGCUCAGAUUUCUUCUUUCUUACCUUUUUUUGGAUGAACAAAGCGAUCACUUUGACCUUUUUCAUUUUCUUCAAUAUCGUCCCGCUCACAGAUUUAACACCGUUCUCAAAACCGUGCUUACAGACACUGAAAUGCAAAAUUUUAUGCUUUCUUUACACCGAGCAUUGUUUUUACAACUAGCCAACAUCCCAUCAUAUAAAUGGGGAACCCCUAUAUUUACCUCCAUUCCACAAUACCAGCAUCUGAUGUAUAAAGUGACGCAGGGUCACGGAUGGUUAUGACGCAGGAGGUUACUGAUCGCUAACUGGAGCUAGAGUGUCAUCGUCAGCUCUUUUAUUUACGGUGCACAUUUUUAAAGAGAGUAUCAUACAGCUUGCAAAACAAAACUGGGUGAGGUGACGGACAUCCUGCGGUAUUCCUCUUAUACUACGGUAAUUAGUUUUAGACGUGUUUAAGAAAUUACUGUAACUGCGUAGGGGGGCACGGUGGCUUAGUGGUUAGCACGUUCACCUCACACCUCCAGGGUUGGGGGUUCGAUUCCCGCCUCCACCUUGUGUGUGUGGAGUUUGCAUGUUCUCCCCGUGCCUCGGGGGUUUCCUCCGGGUACUCCGGUUUCCUCCCCCGGUCCAAAGACAUG